UUUUUUUUUAAACAGGCAAAUUGUUAAACCAGCGCUCCAAGUGAAAGUGAACAGUUUGUGGAAACGAGGGGAGAGUGAGACCUCAUUACACAACUCACUCUAUGAGGACAUUUGUCGAAGUCUUUGUGCUGCUAGGGGGGAAAAGGCUGAAAAAAGGAAAAGAAGGGGAAAAAAAAACAACAUUUUCAUUUCAAGCUUCCCGUUUGCCAUUCUGCAAGCAGUCUGCCCGCCUGCCAGUUGUGGAGGUGAUGAGGUGUGAUGAUGGAGGUUCCCGAGUAUUUGGACUUGGACGAGAUUGACUUCUCUGACGACACUGCGUAUUCCGUCUCGUCCCUGAAGAACAUUCCGGAAUUGUCCAGGCGGAACGAUGCUCAGGCUGAGGAGAGAACUGCUCCCUCCAUCAACUGGAGUCGCGGCGUGGCGUCCCACGUGGCCGUGGUAGGAAUCAAACCCGCGGGCGUGACAGAGGCGCAUAGCAAGUUCCGCCCCGUGAAGCGGGUUUCUCCUCUCAAGCAUCACCCCGAGACCAGAGAGGAGCCUCCGGUCUGGGACUCCAAGGUCCAAGACCAAGACCAGGAACUAGGAGCUGGGAACACCAGGCCACAGGCUAAGGACCACAAGCUGACUGCCAGUGCGAUGGGAGUAAAACCGGUGGACGGCACCGGUCUGGGUUUGGGAGCCCACCAGGGGCUCCACCAGGGAGUCCUGGGGGAGCUGGAGCACUACGACCUGGACAUGGACGAGAUCCUGGACGUGCCGUUCAUCAAGUCGUCCGGCCAGCAGACGUCGACGCUUCCGAGAGCUCCGGACAAGCGGGUCAUGAGUGCAGCUGAUGUGGGCGGAGCCACACUGGAGAGACAACGCAGGCAAAACAACAAAAACAAAGAAGACGUCGACGGCAACAACGCAGCAGCGCAGAUGUGUGUCCUUUCACCUCUGAAGUGGUCGGACCUGAGGAAGUCUAAGUCCCUGGAUCCAGACCUGCAGCACCUUCCUCGCUCUCUGUCUUCAGGAGGCUUCCAGAAUCAUCUUCAUCAUCAUCAUAAUCAUCAUCAUCAGGAGGUGGCUCUCUCCUCUUCAUCCUCGCUGCUUAGCUGCUCCUCGUCACUCUCUUCAUUCCUUGAGGGAGACAAGCUGCUGUCAGCCAGGGUGUAUCCAGAAGCACAGAACCUCAACCAGAAUCAAAGACCGGGCCUGGAGCCUUCAGCAGGGGGAGCCGGGGUCUCGUUUCCCCUGCUGGCUAAGCAGGACUCUUCCAAGCCGUGGAGCUCUUCAGGGGGACAACACGGAGGAGCAAGGAGGGGCGAGGGGGGAGGAACAGAGGUGGAUGAGGAGAGCAAGAAGAAGCACAACAUCAUUAACAUCGUGAGGGAAGGUCAAAUCUCCCUUCUGCCUCACUUGGCCGCCGACAACCUUUCGCUGAUCCGCGACGAGGUGGGCAACAACCUUCUUCACGUGUCGGCCUCUCAGGGCCACUCCGAGUGUCUCCAGCAUCUCACGUCGCUGAUGGGAGAGGAUGGACUUAACGAACGCAACCAGCAGCAGCUCACGCCUGCGGGGCUCGCCGUCAAGAACGGUCACCUGGAGUGUGUGCGUUGGAUGGUGAGCGAGACCGAGGCCAUCGCUGAGCUGAGCUGCACCCGAGAACAUCCUAGCUUGAUCCACUACGCUGCUCGCUAUGGACAGGAGAAGGUGUUGCUGUGGCUGCUCCAGUUUAUGCAGGAACAGGCCAUCUCUCUGGACGAGGUGGACCACAACGGCAACACAGGCGUACACGUGGCGGCGCAGUAUGGACACCUCACAUGUAUACAGACGCUGGUGGAGUACGGUUCCAACGUGACGGUGUUGAACCAGCAAGGCGAGCGACCUUCGCAACUGGCUGAGCGUCAAGGCCACAGCCCGUGCGCUCGCUACCUGGUCGUCGUGGAAACGUGUAUGUCCUUGGCGUCGCAGGUCGUCAAGCUGACCAAGCAGCUCACCGAACAAGCCGCCGAGAAGGCCACACUACAGAAACAGCUACACAAACUUGACGCCAGCUGUCAUCCAUCCGGCAUUGAGGCGUGGCCUGAGAUGAUGUUAAGCGUGGAGGGGACAUCUGCCGAGGGCGAUUGGCUUGUGCGACAGGAAGCGGGGCUGCGUAAAGACGCCGCCGAAGCCUCAAGGAUGACGGCUGUGGGGGGUCAGAGCCGAGAGGGCGUGCGUCGUGGCGGUACAGUGGCAUCAGCGGAGCAGCGUGAGCAGAAGCUGGCGCGUCUUAAGCAGAUGAUGCAGCGUACGCUCAGUGACUCGGAUUCCGAUGCCCUAGCGAGACCCGAUAGGCCCACACACCUGCCAAUCAACGACGAGGAGCCCGCCUCGAAGCACCUCCACCUGGUGAUGAGGAAGCACCUCCCCUCGGCCGACAGGAAGCUGAUCUCCAAGCCGGUCAACGCCGUGGUCUUUAGCCCUUCGGAGGCUGCGGACACCACGGGCGACACCGAUGGCGCCCCCGACGCCGCCAGUCCUCCCAAGGCGGCAGCCACCAGCCCCAAGAGCGCCCUCAAGUCGCCUUCGUCACGCAGGAAGACUGCGCAGAGCCUCAAGCUCAGGGUGACCUUCAACGAGGACUUGCAUCAAGAGGCGGAACCUAUCAGGGCUCCCCCCACCAGCAAGGAGGUUACACCCACAGGAAGCUCAGAGGCCAAGAGGCCCUUCGGGGCACUCAGGUCCAUCAUGGAGACGCUCAGCGGAAAUGCAAACAACAACAAUAAUAACGCGCACAACACAACACACAACCAACACAAGAACAAGAGCAGAAGCACUAAUCUGUGAAAACAACUUUUUAUAUUUUUAAACUAUUUAAAGCACACUGUCACAUGAUUUGUAGCUAUUUUAAAACUUAAACCGGACUGUCGUCAUAGCAACAAUUAUCCUGUGUUAUGAUUUAAAAAAAACUACUCGAACCAUGCUGUCAUUGGACAUAUUGGCAUGGCAACUCUAUUCAUGAAUCAGUUUUUCAACUAUUUAAAUCAGGGCAAACCAUCAUCCCGCUUCGUUGUAAACCAGGUUGUCAUGUGACCUGUUGCAAUGGCAACACUCAUCACAUUUUUAAAACUGAAUGUCAAGUCACCUUGUCGCACCUCUCGCAAUGGCAGCAUUUUAUUCAUGGCCGCAAUUUUAGAAACGAAAUCAAGCGGCCAUGACCUUUCUCUUUGGCAACAACCGUCAUCCUUUAGUCAUGCGUCGCCUUUUCUAAGACUUCAUCGUGUGACCUCUCGCUCUGGCAGCACUUUAUUCAGGGUGAACCUUUUAAAACACUUUUAUUUUUUCAAAUUCGGCUGUUAUGUGACGUGUCGCUAUGGCCACAACAUUGUUUGUAACCACAUAAAAGAUGUCACCAAACUUAUUUAAACUAGGUUGUUGUCUGACUGGUUGCCAUAGCAACAACCCUUUAUUCACGACACUUUUUGUUGUGUUCUAUUACUAUAGCAACAACACAUCCAUGGUGUUGCCUUGUUUUUUUAUAUAUAUAUUUAAACUAGUUUGUUUGAUCUGUUGCUGUGGCAACAACUUUAUUCUUAACCUUUAUUUAAACAACUCUGUCCCAAUACCCCAACACCUCCUAAUGGACUCCAAGCUCACCAACUGAGUCACUGAGAUGACGUUACAAAAUUAAAUUCAUGACAUCAAGCCGGGACCAGCAUCCAACUGUAGCGACUGUCAUGACAUUGGCGCAAUCUCAUUGGAUGCAGCCCCCAUGCUAAAAGCUUGGCGUUCAUAUGAUAAAAUGAACGUCACACGUUUUUUUUUUUACCAAUCAAGACGAACUAUCGCAACAAAUGUUAGCAUUUUUUUUUUUUUUACCAAAACAUUAAAGCUUUACUUGCAUUUCUUGAAAACUUCUGCUCUUUAAUUGCAAAUCAAUGUUUGAUGUUAUUAUGUGGCCAUUUUAGCAUUUUGUUGGUAUCGUUCUUGUUAGUAUUCCACUUGUGUGACACAGUCUAAUUGUUGAAGUUAGCAUUUAAUCAGCGAGGGUUUAUCAUAGACCUGAACUGGUAGAUAUGACACAAUCCUAGCAUAUGUAUAUAUGUCUGUAUGGAUGGAGCGCUCCCAGUGCUGAAAAGUCUCCUUGUGAUUAAUGCACAUGCGGGUAUGUUUUGUAAACUUCCGGCCAGUCUGAAACAUCCCCAUUCAUGCUUCAACAUGUCCCAUUCGACAACUUGUCGCCGAGCCUUCAUGUUCGCUAAGGACGUCUCAGAAAGACAAACACAAUGAACGUACAUAUACGUGUAUAUCUUUUUUUUUUUUUUAAUCAACUUUUGUUUUAAGGUUAGGGUUAGGUUAUAACGUAUGUUAGCUCCCUCUAUGGAGAAGAUUGGGGAACUACGAGACCGGGUGAUUUCCCAGAAAGCGUCUGCUACGUACCCAGUGUUCCCCUGUUAGUAACGCCUGCACAUUAAUCACAAGGAGACUUUUCAGCACGGGGGAGCGCUCAGACCGUGACACCGGUACACUGUGCUGCAUAGUUGUGUACAAUGCAGUAGAAUUACAGGAAGGGCAACUGCAGGUUGGGGGCUUAUUUUCCCCCUCAACUGUUCUUCAUUACACACGACACAGUUUUGACAUUGACAAAGAAAGUAAACCUUGUGAAUAUUGGUUGAGAAAUGAACAAAUUGUGAGUUUUAAAGGACUCGUGACACAAAAAACAAGUAAUUUGUUUGGUUUUUUUACCCCCCAAAAAAAUCAGCUGGAACAGAAUCAUCCAUUUGUUCACAGCACGUCAGAAUGUUGCCGUAUCAUUUUUUUUAAUCUCGCAGCAUGAAAAAUUGAUUGCACAUUGGGACUGUGGGGUGGGGGUAAGAAGAAGCCAGAAGUGACAUAUUAUGCAGACAACUUCAGCUGCAGAGUCAAGUGUAUUUACCUCUUGUACAGGCAAGAAAUUAGCUGGGGGGGUUUCUGCGUGUUAGCCAAAAAGCUGGCUCGUUGUGGUGCUGGAUUUUGCUCGAAUACUCUGGAGGAUGGAUUCACUCAUCAUACAUUUCCAAAAGACCCAAUUUGUAAUGAAAAAUGGAUUGCAUAGGUGCAAAGGACAAGACCUUUGUGGGUUCCAGAUGAAAGGUGUGUAUAGAGCUAGUAAAAAAAAAAUAAUAAUAGUGGGGGGAGGGACUAAUUUGUCUCACAGUUUAUAGAAUAGCUCUACAUUAAUUUCGAUAACAUCCGUGGUAUUUACUUCGCCUGGCAUGGGUCCUCCUGAGGACACUACAUACACAAGACUUGUAAAAGAUACAGUAAUAUGGUGGUAAAAGAAUGGAGCCCUAUGGGGGCACAAGCCAGUGCAAUCUGUGGGCCCGUCCCAAGCCAGGAUAAAUGCACAGGGUUGCAUCAGGAAGGGGAUCCGGCGUAAAACUCUGCCAAACAAAUAUGAGCAUUCAUCUAAAGAAUCCCAAACCAGAUCGGUCGUGGCCUGGGUUAACACACUCCGGCACUGCUAACCUGCAGGGCGUUGGUGGAAAAUCAGCUACUGUGGGUCGAAAACAAAGAAGAGGAGGAAACUGGAUUCGUCGGCAGAAGAAGAAGAGGAACGCACGGAGCCUGCACUGAGUGAAGUGACUUUGAAUGUUGGGACUAUGACAGGAAAGGCUCAGGAGUUGGUUGACAUGAUGAUAAGGAGAAAGGUUAUGUACUGUGCAUCCAAGAGACCAAGUGGAAAGGGAGUAAGGCUAGAGGUUUAGGAGCAGGGUUUAAAUUAUUCUACCAUGGAGUAGGUGGGAAGAGAAAUGGAGUAGGGGUUAUUUUAAAGGAAGAGCUAGCUAAGAAUGUCUUGGAGGUGAAAAGAAUAUCAGAUCGUGUGAUGAGGCUGAAAUUUGAAAUUGAGGGUGUUAUGUAUAAUGUGGUUAGCGGCUAUGCCCCACAGGUAGGAUGUGACCUAGAGAUGAAAAGAGAAAUUCUGCAAGGAACUAGAUGAAGGAGUUCUGAGUAUCUCAGACAGAGAGAGAGUUAUGAUUGGUGGAGAUUGUAAUUGUUGGGCCGAUGAAGAAGUGAUGAGUAAGUACGGCAUCCAGGAAAAAAAAACAAAUGGUGGUGGACUUUGGAAAAAGGAUGGAAAUAGUAGCAUGGAACACUUUUUUUCCAGAAGAGGCAGGAACAUUGAGUGAGGUAAAAACACCCAGGUGGAUUAUAUUUAGUGCAGACGGUGUAAUCUGAAAGAGGUUACCGACUGUAAGGUAGUGGUGGGGGAGAGUGUAACUCGACAGCAUAGGAUGGUGGUGUGUAGGAUGACUCUGGUGGUGGGGAGGAAGAUUAAGAAGACAAAAGUAGAGCAGAGAACCAUGUGGUGGAAGCUGAGACAGGAAGAAUGUCGUGCGGCCUUCCGGAAAGAGGUGAGACAGGCUCUCGAUGAACAGGAGGAUCUCUCGGAAGACUGGACUACUCGAGCCAGGGAGAUGAGAGAGACAGACAGAAGAGUACUUGGUCUGUCUUCUGGUAGUAAAGAGAAGAAGGAGACUUGGUGACGGAACCCCAAAUUACAUGAAGUCAUCCAAGGAAAGAGAUUAGCGCAGAAGAAGUGUGACUCGGAUAGGACUGAGGAGAGGCGAGAGGAAUACAUCGAGAUGCGGCGUCGGGCAAAGGUAGAGGUGGCGAAGGCUAAACAAGAGGCGUAUGACGACACGUACUCCAGGUUGGACACAAAAGACGGAGAAAAGGAUCUCUACAGGUUGGCCAGAUAGAGGAAUUGAGAUGGGAAGACCACAUAAUUCUGUGAAACGCUUCACAGAAUUAUGUGAAACGUUACAUAUAAUUACGUAUGUGAAACGCGACUUUUUUUUUUUUUUUUUUUUUUUGGUGUGGCAGUAAUACGUUUCCGUAUAGCGGAGAAUCUUCUGUGACACAGAACACCAGACACCUUCCGCCAACUGUUCCAUCCUGCUUGGACCCGUUUCUUCGGUUCCUUCCCAUACUCACCAUUGCUCUGGAUUGUUGACCCCAAGUAUUUGAAGUCAUCCACCUUUCCUAUCACUUCUUCCUGGAGCCUAACUCUUCCCCCUACAGAAACGUAUGACUGCCACACCAAAAAAUGGAUGACUUCAAAUACUUGGGGUCAACAAUCCAGAGCAAUGGUGAGUAUGGGAAGGAGGGGAAAAGAAACGGGUCCAAGCGGGAUGGAACAGUUGGCGGAAGGUGUCUGGUGUUCUGUGUCACAGAAGAGUCUCCGCUAGGAUGAAGGGCAAAGUUUAUAAAACAGUGGUGAGGCCGGCCUUGAUGUACGGAUUAGAGACGGUGGCUCUGAAGAAACAACAGGAAGCAGAACUGGAGGUGGCAAAAAUGAAGAUGUUGAGGUUCUCGCUCGGAGUGAGCAGGUUGGGGCAGGAUUAGAAAUGAGCUCAUUAGAGAGAUAGCCAAAGUUGGACGUUUUGGAGACGAGGUUCGAGAGAGCAGACUUCGAUGGUUUGGACAUGUCCAGAGGCAAGAGAGUGAGUAUGUUGGUAGAAGGGUGCUGAGAGAGGCUAAGAUGGAAAAAUAUGACAGGCUGUGGCGAUCCCUAACGGGACAAGCCGAAAGAAAAAGAAGAAGAAGAAGACAGUAAUUGACCCCUCCGUAGAAAUUGCGUGGGCCGCGUCGCCAGAGAUGUGCCUAAACCACGCCCCUUGUUGUCGUCCGCCAUAACCUCUGACAAAGUCGCAUGGUCCAGUAUAGCUUUUGUUAGCGUUUAAUCGCGUAUUUGGGUUCCUUAACAAUAGAUAUGGUUAAGAGGUGCAGUCACGGCCUUUGUAAUAGUGACGACAGGUAUCCUGAUAGGCUAGUUGGUGGAGUUCAAUUUGUACCCUUUACAAAACCGAAGCCCGAGUACGAAAAAUCUCUUCGAUGGAUCAAAUUUUGAUGAAGACCGCAUGAUCAACUGAAUCCAUCUAAAAUCAACCGGAACAGAUAUGUUUGCACGAAGGUAAGCCCUAUAUUUGAUUUUCAAUACAUGUCUCAUAUAAAGGAAUUAGCAGUUCUUCGCUUGCAUAACAUAGCUACGUGUGAAUGAUUGACACACUUGAUCUGUGUUGAGCGAUACUUUGCGAGGACCUGACUGCACAAACGUGUCUCUUUGUUGGCGGCUAGCGAGCUAAGCUAAACCGGACUAGCACUCCUAAAAGCCUUCGACGUGCACCGAGACACCAAGACUGAAGGAAGGAUGUUUGAGGACACUAAAGUAGUGAUUGUCGUACUCGGUCGGGACUUGCGUAGGUUCGGCACUAAUUCGAGAAUAAUUAUUGAGGGGAGCGCGUGACGUUACACAAAGAAAACGAGAGAAACAACUCGUAAAUGAAGCCUCGCCUUCUUCUUUUCCUUCAUACGGCGGUUCACAAACAGCUAUACAGAUACACACACAGAUUCUGCACACAAGUGUGAUAGGUAACACGAAAAUAGGAAACUGUCAAUGACGAAUUCGUCUUUGAGUUAUAAUAUAUUAUAUUACGUGGCUUCUCGGUCUUCCUCUGACUCCGGAAAGAUCUCGCGCUAAUAUCGAUGGUUUCUCCAUCGACAUGCAUGUAAAUACCAUUGAAAUACCCCUCGUUGAAAUACUUGAAGCCCUGCUGUCUGCUUUUCAACGAUAUUUCACUAUUCGUUAAGAAUGCGAGUGAGAAAUCAGAUGGUAAAUCGGACAAUUUCGCUCUAGUCUUUUCUUCCUGCGCCGCCAUUUUUACUAAUUGUUUGUCUGAGGUUAGCACACGUGGGGUGACGUAACUUCAGGAGGCGUGGUUAAGUGCCCUGUACGGAGGGGUCAAUUGGUAAAAGGAUGUGUUAAAAAGACAAUCACGUACAAGUCGAUCAAAGCAUAAAGCGCUUCCAAACAGUUCUCUUUUCAAAUACACUUAGGAAACUCAUUUUAUAAAUCCCCAGAUCUGUCUUGUGCUCUGCCCACUUUUAGGAGUCAUGCUUUGACUCACAUCCUUCUCUGAAGGCAAGUUUGGGCAUUGCGGUCCGCUUCUUGAGGGUUCUGCUUGACACGGCUGUGCCGACUAUCUUCCCUCGACCUGUACAUGGACGGUGUGCAUCUUGUACGAAAAACACCCCACCAAGAAAAAGGUCUGGGUCCAAGGCUAUCAAAAAGUGAGAGACGUUACGAAUAAGCUGUCAAAUAUCUGCAAUGAGUUGUCAUCACGUGUUUACAUUCAAACUAAAAUUCUAAACCUCCGUUAUGUUCAUUUCAAGAUUUUUGCCAAAGCACUGGGCAGUGACUGUUACCACAGCUUCCACCGAAGCAGAGGCUUCGUACCCUGAUCAAGAUGUAAGUACAAAACUGCCAUUUAAAAAAUCCGAAAAUCGCUCUCAUUCAUCUGCCAUUGCAUUUGGCACGGCGUGUUUUCAAUGCCAGGGAUCCACUGUGAUGUCUGCACAUGACGGGACAGACAAAUAUGGCAGUCACUGUGAUGCGCAUUGUAUCGAGUCAGACUGACGCAACUUUGCGCUUUUAGGAACCGCUCACAGCUCACUUUCCCAGACUGGUAUUAUCAUCAAAGUGAUUAAUAUUAUUUGUAGUUUUGAUAACAAUACCUAACUUAAGCUUUGAUUUUUAUGACACGGGUCCUUUAAUGUUCAUGUAUUGUGUUUGAGCACGAUGGUGUCCUGUUCGUACUGUCGUCGUAAAAUCUGUCUUAUGUUAGCAUAUAGCCUGUGUGCUUCUUGUUUUUGGUUUAGUAUUUAGCCUGUGACUGCCAGUUUUUAGCUCCUGUUAGUGUACAGCCUAAGGCUAGAUGCAUGGUCGGUCUCAUAAGUGCUGUCCAAUCGAUGAGGUUGAAUUUAUCAAUUUGACAUGCAGCCCCCUCCCCUCCCCCCAAUUGCGCCCCCACAGGUGUCGAUGUCUAAAACUAGCAUGUUGUUUUUGUCCAUUCCCGCUAAAGCUCGUUUGGCUAAUUGUCACGUUUCAUAUUCGCAUGUGAUGGAGAGCACUAUUAAGCUGGCACCCAUUAAGGCCCCCCUGUGGGAGUAGGGGAGGGGGCAUCAAAGGCCAAUUUGCCAGGCAGACAUCAUCAAUUGAGCCUGCUAAGUGGAUCUUUUUGACGCCUUUAAAGGAGCGCAGAGCUCAAACCGCUUGGAGCAUCAAUCUCACUUGCUCGCAAAUUUCAGCGGCUUAGCAAAUGUCUCGGUGGACCUUUCAAAGAUUUGUGAUGGUGAAAACAUUUUUCACCUUGAACACAAAAAGACCAGUUCAGUUUUUGUUUGGUGAUCCACCAGCAGGGCUUAGCACACUAAUCGUUAGCUGGCCUCUAAAGGACAACAAUGACAACAAUUGCCGUAAGACCAAUAAAGCCUCGUCUGGUCUGCUAAUACGGCUAAUUGCUAAAAAGGAUACAGAUUACAAAGUUCCUCCAGAGACAAAUAGCUACAUACUAGCCUGACACUAUGAUACGGACAUGUUGCUCCAGAACCGACAGCAUGCAAAUGAGACAAGCUGCUAGCUUGACAGCAUGAUACUAGCAACAUGCUAAUGUGCCUAAUCACUGGCUAAAUGCUAGCACAAGCGAAUCAUUGGGAGCCACUGGGGCA